UUCCACGAUCUCCUGCAAAACCAGAGACUGUGUUAUAUUCUCCAUCAGUUCAGAGAACUGCUCCAUUGCCUAUAAUACUCACCUGCCAUUACCAUCUGCAUCAUUUGCUGUCAAUAAAUAUCCCAGUUUGUAUUCUAAUCCUCUGUGUGAGUCUCCUUCCGUAACAGAAGACCGGGCCAACAAAGGAUUCAGCAACAUGAGUGCACCCGACUCGUUCAAGGAGAUCGUGAAUGCUUUCAAACGGAUUCUCAGCCCUGCACCAGUCACACCACCUGUCACGCCCGUCACCAACGCCGCCACUUCUUCUUCGACAGUAAUUACCAGUCCCAAUGCCAAACCAGCGCCCUUCUCUGGCUCGGCGGAUGAGUGCAAUGGAUUUCUGCUGCAAUGCUCGCUCGAUCUGGAGAUGCAGCCGCAUCUUUACACAACGGAUAAAGCCAAGAUUGCGUUCAUCAUAUCCCUGCUGACAGGACGAGCACUCCAGUGUGCCGAGACCAUCUGGUCCCAAGCCGAACUCUCGCAGCGGCCAGCGGCUGGAAUGAGCGCGCACUCCUCACCGCCUACCGGCAGGGAUUAGAAUCGAAAGUGCGGCUUCAGCUCGCUACCUAUGAUGACUCCUAUGGUUUGGAAUGAUUUAUACAGCUGUCCAUCCAGUGUGCUACUCGUAUGCAGUCUUGUUUCGAAGAACAUUGACUCUCACCAUUCACUCCACUCCUUCGCCGGCCAGACACCAUCAGCCCUCCAGAACCAGGUCACGAGCUCAUGCUGGUGGAUAACACUCGACUCUCUUCAUUGGAACAGCAGAGACGGCUGACCCAGGGCUUAUGUCUGUACUGUGGAGCUGGUGGGCAUGUAAUCGCGGCAUGCCCAAUUCGGCCACCAUGACCCAUGGUGAGUGUCAUUAAGCCAUC